GCUUCGAUUUAAGAAUGUGUUAAAACGUCGUCAUCUCGAUGAGAGAGAUCGAAGGUGUUUUUUUUAUUUUACCACACGCACCAGAUGGCAGCACCGAUGCUUACGGGAGUAUCCAUCGUCUUUACUUGAGUUGAGGUAUGCUAGCGAAUCCAUGAUUUCAUCAGAAGGUUUCUCUCAGUUGGAUAUCCUUGAGGCAAGUUUGUCAGAUUGUAAGCAUAAUGGAGCAAAUGAGGAACGUUGGCCUGAGUGUUGAGGCUUCGCCACAUGGGUUAAGCACUGUAGACAAUCAAUGGAAUGGUCUCAAUUUUUUGGCAGAUAUUUGUGUCCAGCAAAACCCACUAGGGCAAGAGCAGGCAAUCAGCAAUGAAUUGCCUCUGCACUCUCUUACUGGUAAAUCACCAUUCGUUAAAGAAGUAAAGGUGAAGUCACCACUUUUGGCUAAAAAGCAGAUACGGGGAUACCCAAGCGUAGCCAAUAUCAAAAUACCAAACUUAUUAGUAGCAGGUCGUUAUAAGUCACCCGCAGCAAUACUUGCAAGAAGGUCUGCCAGACUAGAACAAUACACGAUUAUUAGUAACACACAAGAAGGAGUGCAACAUGUUACUACAGUUACGACAGGAAACGAGCAAAGCGGUCAAGAUUCCAUUCCACAGGUAAUAUGCCAUUCACCACCCACGGAGGUGGCUGUGCCUGUUUCAGAUGUAUCGGAUGAAAACCAAUCGGAUCGUAAACAUUUUAAGCAUUAUAUGAACGUGAGAACCCUUGUUGAACCAACCUCGAAACCUGACAAAACAGUUCCUCAGCGGUCUGUACGCUCAUCAGACCGUGCCUCCUUGUCACAGAUUGCCUCUAAUACAGGUCAACCUAGCAUUAAGCCAAUGAUAGAGCAAAGUAGAACCGUCGUAGUUGUUCUGAACCGUCUGUCUACGCCAAUAGAUUUCAACGUUGGCAAAUUGUCAUCGACUGUUGAUCUCAAAUCGGAAAGUGAACGUACCUCCAAAUCUGCAGGAAGGAGCGUGACUCAAGCAGCAUCGUAUGAAUGCGGAAUUUGCACGGCAAAGUUCACAGACAUCUGUGACUACAGGGAGCACGAAAAGUCGCAUGAAUCCACUGUUCAACGCAAAAUCCCCGGGCUACCGUACGUUUGCCUACCUUGUGGACGCAGGUUCAGGUCUGAAGCCCAACUUAUGGAUCACGUGACGUUGCACGCCAGCAAUGAACCGUAUGCUUGUGAGAACUGUGGUCGGACGUUUUGCUCCUACAAUUUAUUCAAAGAUCACGAACGAAUGCAUUUUGAGUACCAGUGCCCUAGUUGUCUGGAAAGAUUUGGAACAUCGUCACUCCUAGAUGAGCACUCACAAAGCUGCCCUGCACGAGUUCAGGCAACAGUAGGUAAAGACACCGAAAAUACCGAAGUACCGGCUGACGAAGGUGGACGAAGAGAAAGCGGCGAUGGGAAAUUGUCUCUCAUGUUCAAGUGCCCCAAGUGUUCAGUCUCGUACAAGCGCGCGAAAAGCCUGUGGAAUCACGAA